UUAGGAAGUUAUCCACAAAUUUUGCCACUGAUUCUGUCAUCUUCCUCCUCAAUCCUCUCUUUUUGCUUAUUUUGGACUGCAAAAAAUCCACAUUCCAAUUCACUUGGCUCGCCGCUUCCCUCAACGCUCAGUUUCUCUUCGGUUUCUUGUGUAAAACAUAGAGCUUUACAUCGUUUGCCCCAUUGGUGAUCAAUCACUCGCAUAGUGAUUCAAAAUGGACCAUUGACGUAUCCUUGGAUCUUAGUUCUGCAGCACUCUUUCGUGCAUUUGUCUUGUUUGAAGAGCAGUUCUUCAAUGGCCUUCUCGACAUCACUAAUCUUCUCUUGUGUUCUUCCUUGUAAACUUAGCUUCAACUCGCGUGGUCCGAUGCCAAAGCCGUCACUUUUUCUAUCAUUUGCAUCAAACCGAGGUCUUGCGGCAUUUUCAACAGCUUUUGAUUCUGAUCCUAUGCAACAUCUUCCAUCCAAUUUCACCCCAAAAGACCUGCUUCGCCUCAUUUGCCGGCAGAAAGAUGCGGAAUCCUCUCUCCGGCUGCUCAAUUGGGCUUCAGAACAAGCGCGCUAUAAACCGACGCCUUAUGUGUAUGAAGAGGUUCUUCGACAGCUUGGAAAGGUGGGAUCUUUCGAGAAAAUGAAAGGGUUACUUGCAGAAAUGCAACAGAAGGGGUGUGAGAUUAACCAAGGUACUUUCCAGAUUUUCAUCGAGAGUUACUCGAGAUUCCAAAUGUUCGAUGAGGCUGUUGAUUUUGUUAUCAACUUAAUGGGUGAGUUUGGAUUCCAAGCAGAUGCAUAUACUUACAGUUUUCUGCUCAAUAUACUACUGGAAGAAAAUAAAGUUAAGCUGAUUGAAUCUGUGUACUCUACAAUGAUUAGUAGAGAUAUCUGUCCAGAUGUUUUCAUAUGUAACAUCUUAAUUAAAGCUCUUUGUAGAGCUAAUCAGAUGAAGUCUGCUAUUUCGAUGUUGGAGGAGAUGUCCAGUCAUGGUCUGGCACCAAAUGAGAUGACUUUCAACACCCUGAUGCAGGGCUUCAUCGAGGAGGGCAACAUGGAGGCAGCUUUGAGUGUGAGGACUAGAAUGCUGGAGGCGGGAUGUUCACCAACCAAUUUAACAGUGAAUUUCUUAAUAAAAGGCUACUGUAAGCAGGGAAAACUAAUAGAAGCUUUUGAGUUGGUACAAAUGGAGUCCGAAAAAGGGUUUCGGCCUGAUAAGUUCACUUUCAACACUCUGUUCAAUGGGCUAUACCAAGCUGGGCAUGUGGUGCAUGCUCUUGAAGUCUUAGAUGUUAUGCUCGAGGAGGGGUAUGAUCCUGACCUUUUAAGUUAUAAUACACUAAUUGGACGGUUAUGCAAAAUGGGGGAAACGAAAGAAGCGAUUGUUCUCCUGCAUCAGAUGGUGCAGACAGAAUGCUUCCCAGAUAAGGUUACUUACAAUACUUUGAUAAAUGCUUUGUGUACAGAGAAUCGACUUGAUGAGGCUAUGGAACUUGCCUGUGAACUCACUUUUAAAGGUCUGCUUCCUGAUGUCUAUACUUUCAAUUCUUUAAUCAAUGGUCUCUGUAAGUUUGGCAAUCUUGGAAUUGCUUUGCAACUGCUUGCCGAGAUGAAAAAUAGCGGAUGCAUGCCAGAUGCAUUUUCUUACAAUAUAUUGAUCGGCCACCUUUGUUUGAAUGGGAAGGUCGAGAAAGCUUUAGAGUUGCUGAAGGAAAUGGAGGCAAACAAUUGCUCAAGAAGUGUUGUGACUUAUGGUACGCUCAUCGAUGGGCUAUGCAAGAACAUGAGAAUUGAAGAAGCCGAACAAUUAUUUCGCCAGAUGGAGAUAGAUGGUGUCACAAGGAAUUUGGUGACAUAUAACACCAUUAUUGAUGGUUUAUGUAAGAAUAACAAGGUUGAUAGAGCUAAAGAGCUUAUGGAUCAGAUGAUACUUGAAGGACUGAAACCUGAUAAGAUCACAUACACCUCAUUGCUCAAACAUCAUUGCAAGCAAGGAAAUAUAAAGAAAGCAGCAGAUGUAGUUCAAACUAUGAUAUCAAAUGGCUGCCAACCUGAUAUUGUUACAUAUGGAAUUCUAAUAGGUGGUCUAUGCAAGGAAGGUAGAACUGAAACUGCCUAUAGGCUUCUUAGAUCCAUACAGAUGGAAGGAUUACUCCCAAAUCCUAGAACAUACAACCCUUUGAUCCGAGCGCUCUUUAAGCAAGGGAAAGACAGUGAAGCCAUCACGCUCUUUAGGGAGAUGAAAGAGAAAGCUGAGCCACCAGAUGCUCUCACGUAUAUGUAUGUUUUCCGUGGUUUGUGUCGUGGUGGUGGAUCAAUUGGAGAAGCUGUCAACCUCCUGGUGGAGAUGGUGGACAAGGGAUUCUUGCCAGAGUCGUCGUCCUUUUUAAUGCUUGCUGAAGGUCUUAUUUCCCUAGGCAUGGAGGAUGAUCUUCAUAAGGUCGCUCUGCUCAUCAUGGAGAAGGCCAGUUUAUCUGAUAACGAAUUUUCCACAGUGAAGAGUUUACUUGAAAUGCGCAAAUUUCGUGAUGCACUAACUACAUUUGAUCGCCUGUUGAAUAGUCGAAGGCCUAAUAGAAGUUCUUGGACGCAAUCUGCAAAUAGAAGUUAUAGCUCCGAGUGACCAGGAAAAGUUGGGCAUGCGGAAGAAUUUCCAUUGAAGGAGAAACAAUUUCUUUUCGCCGAAAUGUUAUGCCUGACUCCAAUUGAAAACUUGGUCCAAGUUUUGAUUAUAGGCAUUCAUUAUGCUGAGUUCAUUCGGAUAUCAUUUUUUCGAAUGAAACAUGACUAGCAAGUAGUUUGUGCUCUUGACAGAUGAUUUUUUUACGCAGGACUGUAUAUUAUGUUAAAAGCUCCUCAAAGGUUCUGUUGCAACUUAGCAUGCUACUGAAGUCGUGCAAGAGAGGUUCAUCUGUAAAGAGGAAGGGAACAUUUGCAGUGUCUUCUUGAUAUGUUGUUAGUGUUAUCUGGCCUUCCUUCAUCGAGUGUUUGUUGCAAUCCUCAUCAAAAUUGUGUUUGCUUGCUGCAUUGUUCAUUACAAAUGACCUUCGAGUGGAAGUGUGGAACAAGCAAUUUCUGUGUAUUUUGCAAGCCAAAGCACAUUCAAGAGAGAUCAAAGUGGCCAUUUUUGUUAGUUUAUUUCCUCUCGUCACUUGCAAUGUUAAUAUGUGGCAAAAGGCGAAAUUGCUCGCCCCCAGCGCCCCCGCCGCACCCGACCCAAGGCCAUCACGAGGGUGGUAAAUCAUAGCAUCCUGAGCGAGCAUGUGGCAGGUGGGGUGCACUUGCAAUGUUAAUAUGAACAAGACCUACAUGUUUAUUGUGGCGACGUAAUAAAUUUUCCAUGUUAAUAUGAA